CUCAAGGCGUUCGAAUCGAGCAAAAAAUGAGCGCAAAAAUCGAGGAGGCUAACGAAUGUAAUGGUGAAAAAGCUUUAGCAAGAACAAAGAGAAAAACCGAAGCAGAAGCUUCUGAAAAUGUUUCAAGAGCAAAGCGGCGUGAAAAAGCAGAUCAAGAGGGGACCUCUACCGGAUCUUCUCUCCCAAAAACACCCACAACUAUAUUUUCCCUGAACACCUAUUGCUGGAAUACUAUAUUGUCUUAUCUUUGUUUGAGUGACCAACUAAGACUUGCUGCCUCAAAUCGAUAUAUAAAAACACAUUGCGAAUCUUUACGACAUACGUAUAGACACGUUAAUGAAAGCGUCACAAAUACGCUAGAUAAAGACGAAUUACACCACUUGCUGGAACUCAUCAAUGAAAAUGUUAUCAGCUAUGAGUCAUCGCUGGAUUCUCAGACCGAUGGGGGAGAGCAUUUGUGGAUGUUGCGAACGUACUGUCCCAAUUUGCGGCAUCUCAAAAUGAAUUUUCGACGCCCCAGAGGGCACGAUCUAAAACAAUUGAAAAGUCUUACAUCUCUGCACGCCCGUCUUUAUUUUAGAGAUCCGAUACAAUGUAAAGAGUUCGCUCUUAGCCUAAUGGAACUGCCGCAGCUUAAGAAACUAACGCUGGGGUGGACGCACAAUGGGAGCGGGCUGCAUGUUCUGGAGGAUCUCGAAUAUCUGGAUAUUACGAACUGUUCUGCAUUCGAUGACGAAUGCUUGGCACUGUGCUUCCUGAAAAUGAAGAAACUGGGCACCCUCAUAACAUUCUAUACCUCGGACCACUUUGGAAAUAUUGUGAAAAACUGUCGCAGUCUGGAAAGAUUGGUCUUUCGCACGUCAAAUGAACCCGAUGUCAUCUGCCAGCUGCCCAGAUUGAAACAUUUGGAGAUGUGGAAACGGUACUGCCCAAAGCCUAGUUUCAUCGAGGGACUUAUCCAAAGAACUGGUACUCCGCUAGAAACUCUCAUUCUGGCGGGACACGAUUUAAGAUCUGAGCAGCUAAAUCAUGUCUGUGAAAUUUCUUCGCUCCGGGAACUUGGCGUGGAGUGUGAAACUGUUCCCUUGAGAUGUCUGUCAAGGCUGAAGAAUCUGGAAAUCCUUCACCUCACUAUGCUAAAAAUUACCAAUCAGGAUUUGCUGGCGCUUCUUGAGGACUGUCCGCUCUUAACCAUUCUAAAUGUGCAGUGGUGCAGUUUGGUCACGAAGGAUUUUGUCUUGGAUGCCAUUCAGUUGUAUAGUCACAGAAAGAUAAAAAUAUAUCUAUAUAGUUCAUCUGUUAAAUGGGAAGAAAUCCCUUUACACCCAAGAGACAAAAAGUUAAUUAAAAUUACUGGGGAAUAUUUAAAGCGAUUCUAUCUUUAAGUAACAAGAACUUAAAUUAGUUAUUUUUAAGUUGUAAAACACAUUUUAUUACGAGUUAUUUGUAUAAUUUUAUCUACUCAAAUAUGUAGCAGAUUUCAAGUAGUUUUUUCUAAGAUACUGCCAUUAAUUAAAGUGCGAACAAAAUCCGGCAUUUAUUAAUGUCAUUAGUUUUGUAUUUAUUAUCAUUCAGCAUAUA